UAGACAAUGAAGCAGAAAAAUCUCUUGCUUGUAGGGUUCUUACUGGCUUAUUGUUUCAGCUCAGUUUUUGUUGUAAACGCAGAGGACCCUUAUCUUUACUUCACUUGGACUGUCACUUACGGAACCAGAUCUCCAUUAGGUGUUCCUCAACAGAUUAUUCUUAUCAAUGGCCAGUUCCCUGGUCCUGCAAUUGAAGGUGUAACAAACAAUAACAUCGUUGUUAAUGUCAUUAACAAGCUUGACGAACCUUUCCUCAUUACCUGGAACGGAAUUAAACAGAGGAGGAUGUCGUGGCAAGACGGAGUUUUGGGAACAAACUGUCCGAUCCAACCAAACUCGAAUUGGACUUAUCAUUUUCAACUCAAAGACCAAAUCGGUACUUAUGUAUACUUUGCUUCGACGUCGAUGCACAGAGCAAGUGGUGCUUUUGGUGCACUUAACGUGUACCAGAGAUCAGUCAUCUUCGUUCCUUACCCUAAACCAGACGCUGACUUCACUCUACUUGUCAGUGAUUGGUACAAGAUGGGUCACAAGGAACUUCGAAGGAGCCUUGACUCAGGUCGUGCUCUUCCUCUCCCGGACGGCCUUCUCAUAAAUGGUGCCUCUAAAGGUUUAGUCUUUACCGGUCAACAUGGCAAGAUAUAUAGGUUUCGGAUAUCGAAUGUCGGGAUAUCGACAUCAAUUAACUUUAGGAUUCAAGGACAUAUGAUGACUCUCGUCGAAGUAGAAGGCUCUCACACUCUGCAAGAAGUAUAUGAGUCACUUGACAUACACGUUGGCCAGUCUGUUACCGUGCUGGUCACAUUGAAAGCUCCAGUUAAGGACUACUUUGUUGUGGCUUCAACAAGAUUUACCAAACCAGUACUGACCACCACAGGAAUCCUCAGUUACCAAGGCUCCAAAAUCAGACCAUCUCAUCCCCUCCCCAUUGGUCCUACUUACCAUAUCCAUUGGUCCAUGAAACAAGCAAGAAGCAUCAGGUUAAAUUUGACAGCGAAUGCAGCAAGGCCAAAUCCACAAGGAUCCUUUCACUACGGUACCAUACCGAUAAAUCGAACUUUUGUUUUAGCCAACGGAAGAGCGACGAUCAACGGUAAACUCCGGUACACAGUGAACCGUGUGUCAUACGUUAACCCAACAACUCCACUGAAACUAGCCGACUGGUUCAACAUUCCCGGGGUGUUCAAUUUCAGAACCAUGAUGAACAUUCCUACACCAGGACCCUCUAUUCUUGGAACUUCAGUCUUUGAUGUGGCUCUUCAUGAGUACGUCGAGUUCGUGUUCCAGAACAACGAGAGAUCUAUACAAUCUUGGCACCUUGACGGCACUAGCGCAUAUGUUGUCGGAUACGGCCCAGGCACAUGGAACCUGGCCAAGAGGAGAGGUUACAAUUUGGUUGAUGCUGUUUCAAGGCACACUUUUCAGGUAUAUCCAAUGUCGUGGACGAGCGUAUUGGUAUCAUUAGACAAUAAGGGAAUGUGGAAUUUAAGGUCACAAAUAUGGUCAAGGAGAUACUUAGGACAAGAACUCUAUGUUCGUGUAUGGAACGACGAGAGGUCUCUUUAUACUGAAGCCGAACCUCCUAUUAACGCUCUCUUCUGCGGCAAAGCCAAACGUCCCCGCUUUUGAUUCACAUUCUUUUUUUUUUUUUUUUUAUAUAUAUACAUAACUAUAAUAUA